AUGUUGUCCAUGCGUCAGAGGUUCCCUACUAACUCUUAUCAAGCUUUACCAACAUCCACAUCCCAGCUGCUGAAACUGGCCGCCUUGGCGACGGGAAUUCUUUUGCCCAGGCGCGUCGUCAUCGGAUUCGCGAUCCGCAGCCCUGUCAAACAAGCCUUUCCCGUUCUCUUAUCGGCCUCAAGAGAAGAAGCCCGACAAGAUGCCACGUCUAUCCGACGAAGUGGAGGAAGAGCACCUCCUGGGCGCCGAAUAUUCGGACCACGAAGGAGUGCUCCCAAUGGACCCGUCCGAACCGUCCCCCGGGCCGGCUUCCGAGCCUUCCAGAGACCUCCGCCGCCAAAAUGGAGGCGGCCCUCCUCCGGUGAUGGCGGCUUCGGCGGUGCCCUCGGCGGGGUAGUCUACAAAGCCGGCUCGCGUCUCAAUGCCGCCUUGGCUCCGUUCCGGGCCCGGUCGCCGCGGACCGUCAUUCUCAUGCUGGCCCUCCUGAAGUUCGCCAUUACUAUUAAGGCCAUGAUGCUCAUGCUUCCCAUGAUGAGGCUUAUUGAGGAUGAUAUAUGUCACAAGCACUAUAAGACUAGCCCCGCAGAAAUCAUCCCGGAGAUGAAGUGCAAGGUCGACGAGGUGCAGAAGCAGCUCGCCUGGUUGAGCGGGUGGCAGUCUCUCAUCGGUGCCGUCGUCAACUUUCUCGUUGCCUUUCCUUACGGUGUCUUAUCAGAUAGUAUCGGCCGCAAGGCAGGCCUCGUCUUCGCCUACAUCGGCACCAUCGCCGCCUUCAGCUGGUCUCCCUUCAUUCUAGCCCACUUCCCCAAACUCAGCAUCUACUACCUCUUCUUCGGCUCCUGCUUCUUUUUCUUCGGCGGCGGCAUCGUCGUCGUCUUCAAUAAUGUCUACGCCAUGGCCGCCGACAUCAGCACCGAAAAGGAUCGCGCCUCAAACUUUGUCAUUCUCUCCGUCGGCGCUGUCGUCGGCGGCGUCAGCGGUCACGUAUCCGCCGGCUUCCUCAUGGAGAAGUUCGGUCCAUGGGUGCCGAUCCGUCUAGUCUUCGUGCUCACUCCGCUCGUCUUCCUCAUCAUCUUGCUGUUGCCCGAGACCCUCCGCGUCAAGCUCAGCAACGGGGACGAACCGCCGAAACCGCAGCUGCCGCUGAGCGAUGCCAUUAGGGAAGGCUUCCUCAAAGGCUUGGUCCAGCUCAAGGACUCCCUCGCGAUUCUCAAUCACCGCAACAUCCUUCUCUGCCUUGUUCCCUCCCUUGUUGGCAACCCAAUCAUGACGGCAAACUCUUCUACACUACCGCAGUACGUGAGCAAAAACUUUGGCUGGACCCUCGCCCAGACCAGCUUCCUCCUCUCCCCGCUGGGCUUCCUGCACCUCGGCACCCUCAUCCUCCUCCCCUGGGUCUCGAAAAUCGUCGUUGAUCCCCGCGGCCGCUUCCGCCGUACCGGCUUCGGCAAAGACGCCCUCCUCGCCAAGGCAUCCUACAUCAUGAUCGCCGCCGGCGCCCUCCUCGAGGCUUUCAGCCGGGAGAUCGUCGUCUUCCUCUUGGGUCUCGUCUUCCAGACUUUUGGUUCAGCCCACAACCCGCUCGCGCGCGCCAUGAUCACCGAGUUUGUCGAUCCGGAGCACACGUCCCGGCUCUACGCGCUCACGAGCAUGGUCGACACCCUCGGCUCGCCGCUCGGCGGGCCGGUGCUGGCGUGGGCCUUCUCGCUCGGGCUGGAGAAGAAGGGGCUGUGGAAAGGUUUGCCGUGGUUCUACGUUGCGUUCUUGGCGUCCUUGACGUGGGCAGCGCUGAUGCUUGUGGAAGAGCCGAAGAAGAAGGGACCUAUCCACUUGGAGAGUGAGAGCACUCUAGAAGGAUUGGACUAUGAGUCAGGGGCGGAGGAUUAACCCCGGAUGAGGCUCUUCUGCCAUUCGAUGUCGCUUUCUUUCUUACUGGUAUCAUUGCAAUCUUUUCUUUUGGGAUAGAUAAGGCGGUAUGGGAACUGGGUUAGACGGACUAACAAGCAUAGACUGGAUAUUGUAUGUAAAAUUACCACGACUCGACGGUAUCGCAGGCUACCGUGGUCAGUAAGAGAAGAGUAGGCAGGCGUUCUGAAUCAAUUCGAUAAAAGAUGAUCAAUAUACCGCGGACCACGUCCGGUUGCUGGGCAAACAAUUGACAGCCAACUGACGGGCAGGGCCGACCAUUUCGUUGAAUGGGGGACCAUGCCGCCAGUUAUUGAAG